AUGGUUUCACUAGAAGAAGAGGAGGACCGCGAUAUGGGAGGUUCCCAGGACGGAAGCUCCGAUAACGAGAACGAGAAUGAAAUUGACGAAACAAUGCGCGAUAUGGACGAUGGAGAUGGCGACAAUGACCAGGACCAGGACGGCGAAGGAGACCAGGACGCGGAUAGCCCCUCAAAUGCGAGCCAGGCAUCGGAGGGUACUGGCAUGCCACAAAACACAAAUGGUAAUGGUGACAAUUCCGUCCCAGAACCGUUCUCAAUCUACCACCCCAGUGUGCGCCCGGAAUGUCUCACAGCCAGAACUUACGACAUCGCCCCAACUACUGCCGCGCCUCACGCGACCUCGAUCAACGCCAUUGCAGCGACAGCAGAUAUGCGCUGGGUCUUCACCGGCGGAUCAGAUGGAUUUGUGCGCAAGUUCAACUGGGCAGACUCAAUCAAUAGCAAGCUUAUGUUGACCGUGGCCCAAAGGCAUCCCUUCGUCGACAGUGUGGUAAAGGCUGGUGUACUGAUGACAUACUGGGAGAAUAUGGAUGGCAGCCACUUGUCUCCGGUGUAUUCCUUGGCCUGUCAUAGCGAAGGGCUGUGGCUGCUUUCCGGUUUAGAGUCUGGUGCCAUUCGAUUACAGACAUUGCGCCACGAUGAAGGCAAGGAAAUUGCGCUUCUUCAACAACACACUUCGGCAGUGUCCACGCUCAACCUUACAUCGGACGAAGAAUCAUUGCUUUCUGGGAGUUGGGACAAGCGUGUCUUUGACUGGGAUCUGAACACCGGACAGGCUAGACGUGCAUUUGGCGGCAGCGCGGCACAAAUAUCUGCUGUACAAAUUCGACCAGAGUCUAGCCUGCCUGUGCCUAAGGAUACAAUCGAACUCCACCAGACCAAUGGGACAUAUACAUCAAAUUAUGCAGCCCCAGGCGCAGAUAGCUUCGGUUUUAUGGAUACUACCCAGGACGCAAAAAACUCAGGUCUAGCCGAGAACCCGCAGGCGGGCUCCCCAGCGGACUCACUAUUUGGUGGAGCGGACUCAUUGUUUGGCGAUGCAGAUGGUGGAGCUGCAGAUGGCGGAGAGCCAUCAGGUGGCGUGUUUGGGGUAGACGAGGAUGAUGAAUUUGGCCGCGCGGUAGCAAAUGGUGCCAUGGCGGAUGCAGACGCUCCAGGGGAGAUUGACGACGAACCUCCUGUUCAUUCAAAUGCAGAAUAUACUCAGAGUGCACAAGAUACACAACCGACCGCUCAUACAGAUGCGUCAAACGAGAAAGUGGAGGUGACCGACAUCGACAUACCCAAUAGCCCAACCCAACCGAUGGUCAACGGGCUUCCUAAAGCAGAGGAUCUCGAGACUCAACCACAAUUACCAGACUUCUCACAAAACAUGCCACCAGAGCAAGUCCCCACAGCCGACAACACGUUCCUUGCGGCCUCUAUGGAUGGAACGAUCCGAGUAUGGGACCGCAGGCAGCCUGAUCCUGUUGCUCGUAUCUCCCCGUACAAUUCUCCUCCAUGGUGCAUGAAUGCCUGCUGGUCCCCAGAUGGAAAUUACAUUUACGCCGGACGGCGAAAUGGCACAGUCGAAGAGUAUAGUCUUCAUAAAGGUCUGAGGAAUGUUGAACGAACAUUCAAGUUCCCACAGGGAAGUGGACCGGUAACCGCACUGAAGGCUAUGCCAAAUGGGCGACAUCUCGUGUGCGCUUCUCAUGACAUUCUCCGAUUGUAUGAUCUGCAAAACGAGCACAAGGAAAACACCUCUCGCCAUUCGCCAGUACCAUUUUUGAUUAUUCCUGGCCACCGCACUGGAACCAUCUCACAGCUAUUUGUCGACAAUGCAUGCCGCUACAUGAUCUCCACCAGUGGCAACCGGGGUUGGGAAGGAAAUACCACCGAGGUUCUGCUUGGCUACGAGAUUGGGGUACCCCAAUAG